CUGACGGGGGCUCCACAAGGUGGGAGAGCGCCGAGAGCUCGUCCCGUUCCCCGUUCUCGCGAGCGGCCCGUCGGCUGCACAGAGGAGCGAAGCGGCCAUUGUGGAGGCAGUCGGUCGGGGUGAGGCCGAGUGGAAGCAGAGCUGCGGCAGAGAUUACUGGUUUUUGUGAUAACAGAUGAGCAGAACAAUACUUGUCACUAAUAUUCUUGGAUAUCUAACACACAAAUUGGCCUUCUGUAGCCUGCUGAAAUUUAAGUUCAUGUAAAUGUAAAUGAGCCAAGACUGCUUGGUUUUAUCUGACGAGUUCAUGAAGAGGGGGGAUAAGCUUGAUGGACAUAGACAAAUGAGACCAAAAACAUUCCCAGCCAGCAACUUUUCUGGGAGUAGCCGGCAGAUGUUGCAGGAAAUCCGGGAGAGUCUCAGACAUUUGCAUAAACCAUCAGGAGAUGUUGGAAGUACUGAUCAAAAUAUGAUGAAAUUGAGCACGGAAGAUUCACGACAACAAGGACGGAAUGCUCUUAAAUUUGUGACGCACCAAAAAGCCUUGCAAGAGAUCCGAAAUUCUUUGCUGCCAUUUUCAAAUGAGUACAGUUCAUCAGUUCGUGGAUCUGCCGAUGUAAACAAGCAGAUGUUGCAGGAUUUGGUGACUGCAGCAGGAUUUGAUGAGGACAUGGUAGUGCGAGCUCUCAAGCAGACCAACAGUCGUAGUAUAGAGGCUGCUAUUGAAUACAUCAGUAAGAUGAGUUACCAGGAUACCAGGCGAGAGCAGAUGGUCGCUGCAGCUGCAAGACCAGUGAAUGCAAGCAUGAAGGCAUCAGGAUCCAAUGCGGUUCAGCAAACAGUAAAUAGGAGACCAAGUUGGAAGGGUUCAAAAGAAUCGUUGGUUGCACAGCGGCAUGGUCCAUCAUUGAUGGAGGGCAUGGGAUAUCGUGCAGAAAGCCCUAUCUCUCAGUUAGAAAUGGGUCGGCCACUGUCUUCAAGUUCUGGAAUGACUGCGUAUACCCAGAGUCAUCCUGGGAAUGGACAGGGGUCUUUGGGAGCAGUGAACUCUCAGAGAGUGAAUCCCCCACCACUUCCAGUGAGAAGUAUAACUCCACCUCCACCUCCCCCUAGAGGGCAGACUCCUCCCCCACGUGGCACCACUCCCCCCCCAGCCUCAUGGGAGGGGAGCCAGCAACCAAAACGGUUCUCUGGAAACAUGGAGUACAUGAUCACGCGAAUAUCCCCAGUGCCGCAAGGAGCCUGGCAGGAUGGAUUCCCACCCUCCAACCAUGGUGCUGCCUCUAUGAUGAAUCCACCACCCCAAGGCCAGCGAGGAAUAAGUCCCAUUCCACUUGGUAGACAACCUAUAAUUAUGCAAAACACCACCUCUACUAAAUACAAUUACACUACAGGCAGAACGGGACAUCAGAAUGGAUCUGCACAGGCAGAUGGACCCAUGGGUGGACACUUUGUGCCUCAUCAAAAUGUGAUGGGUGGGAAUCCAGUGAGCCGUCAGCCACCUCCUUACCCUCACUCUCAGGCUAGUCGGCAAAGCCCAAGUGCCUUACAAAUGCAAGCAGGAGGUGCUGCUGCUUCCACCUACAGCAGUAACUUGAAUGGGAACGUUUCGCAGUCUGUCAUGGUGCCAAACAGAAACAGCCAGAACCUGGAUCUUUAUAACAUCAGCGUGGCUGGGAUGGCAUCUUCUUGGCCACAGCCUCCUCCAACUCAGCCCCAGUCUGUGGCUUGCACUCCAGAGGCGACUAACUGGCAUCCUCCCCAAAAUAUGAAUGCACCUGUAAGAUCCAAUUCUUUCAAUAAUCACCUUUUAUCCAGCCGACAGGCUCAUUCCAACUCACAACAAUCUGCUACCACUGUUACUGCCAUUACGCCUGCACCCAUUUUGCAGCCUGUGAAAAGCACUCGAGUACAGAAACCUGAACUGCAGACUGCACUUGCCCCCACUCACCCUCCCUGGAUGCAGCAGGCUGCUCCUGUUCCCGAGGGUUCUAGUUUGGGUGAAGCUCCAAGUUAUCAGCCUCCACCUCCACCAUAUCCAAAGCACUUGCUUCAGCAGAAUCAGCCUGCACCACCUUAUGAUUCCAUAGCUAAAGUCAGCAAUGAGCAGACAGCAAAACCUUCCACUUUAUUUUCGCAUAGUUUAGAAGAGGAUGAGCCUGAGAAGGUAAUUGAAUAUGGGGAACGGCUUGAUGCUACGGAGAAAGAAAAGAAACAGAUUACAACGUCGCCUGUCCCUGUGCGGAAAAACAAAAAGGAUGAGGAGCGUAGAGAGUCACAAAUUCAGCUCUACUCCUCGCAGGCAUUCAAAUUCUUUAUGGAACAACAUGUGGAAAAUGUGCUCAAGUCUCAUCAGCAAAGGUUGCAUCGCAAAAAACAACUCGAGAACGAAAUGUCGAGGGUUGGAUUGUCAAAAGAUGCCCAAGACCAGAUGCGCAAGAUGUUGUGCCAGAAAGAGUCUAAUUAUAUUCGCUUAAAAAGGGCGAAGAUGGAUAAGUCCAUGUUUGUAAAGAUCAAGACCUUAGGGAUAGGUGCGUUUGGAGAAGUCUGUCUAGCUCGGAAAGUAGAUACCAAUGCGUUGUAUGCCAUGAAGACGCUGAGGAAGAAAGAUGUGUUGCUGCGAAAUCAAGUUGCUCAUGUGAAAGCUGAGCGGGACAUCUUGGCAGAAGCUGAUAAUGAGUGGGUGGUUCGACUCUAUUAUUCAUUCCAGGAUCGAGACAACCUUUACUUUGUGAUGGACUACAUUCCAGGAGGAGACAUGAUGAGCCUCCUUAUAAGAAUGGGCAUUUUCCCAGAACCUUUAGCACAAUUCUACAUUGCUGAACUGACCUGUGCUGUGGAAAGUGUCCACAAAAUGGGCUUCAUUCACAGGGACAUUAAGCCAGAUAACAUCCUGAUUGAUCGAGAUGGCCACAUAAAACUGACUGACUUUGGGCUGUGCACAGGUUUCCGAUGGACCCAUGAUUCCAAAUAUUACCAAAGCGGUGACCAUCCUCGGCAGGACAGUAUGGAUUUCAGUAAUGAAUGGGGUGAUCCCAAGAGCUGUAAGUGUGCAGAGAGACUAAAGCCACUGGAGCGAAGAGCAGCUCGGCAACAUCAGCGUUGCUUGGCACAUUCCCUGGUGGGCACACCAAAUUACAUUGCACCAGAAGUAUUGCUCCGUACAGGUUACACCCAGUUGUGUGAUUGGUGGAGUGUAGGUGUCAUUCUUUAUGAAAUGUUGGUGGGGCAGCCUCCUUUUUUAGCACAAACUCCAUUGGAAACCCAGAUUAAGGUCAUAAAUUGGCAGACAACACUUCACAUCCCACCCCAGGCUAAACUUAGCCCCGAGGCAUCUGAUCUCAUUAUUAAGCUCUGUCGAGGCCCUGAAGACAGGCUUGGAUUGAACGGCACAGAUGAAAUAAAAGCCCAUCCGUUUUUUAGGCAAAUCAAUUUCUCCAAUGACAUCCGGCAUCAGUUAGCUCCGUACAUUCCAAAGAUAACUCACCCAACAGAUACGUCCAAUUUUGAUCCUGUGGAUCCUGACAAAUUGUGGAGUGAAGAUAAUGAUGGAGAAAAUGUUAAUGACACGCUCAAUGGCUGGUAUCAGAAUGGAAAGCAUCCAGAACAUGCCUUCUACGAAUUUACAUUCCGGAGAUUUUUUGAUGAUAAUGGCUACCCUUACAGCUAUCCUAAACCAUUGCAGUGUGAUUAUCAUAGUCUGGAAACAAAUGGGGAUCAGACAGAAAAUAACAAAGAAAAUGCUGCAUCAGGAAAGCGGAGCCAGAAUCGAGAACUGGUCUAUGUAUGAAUGGAAAUCUUUUUUUUUUUAAGGGAAAAUCCCUUGAUUGUUUAAUUCCCAGGGAUGGAUUUUAGCUUUUACUUGAUGCUUACAUGUUUUGGUUCUCAUGAACUUACAGAAAAAUAUAUUUUGUAAGUAUUAAUUUAUUUUAAAUGUUGUAAUUUGAAUCCUUCAUGUGAAUAAAUAGAACAUUGACUUUAGUACGUAACACUAGAGUUAAAAAUCAAUUGGAUCAGGUGAUCAAUAUCAUAUCAGUAAUAUGGGUCUUGUGCGUGACAUCAUUCUUCAGUGCACUGUCUUUAUCAUUAUUAGUGCUCCUUUUUAGGAAAGGUGCCUUACGUUCUUUAUUAAAAGAUUUUAGGAUCCACUACUUUCCCACGGCUCUGCUCUCACUACAAAAUUUUGCUUGAAAAGAGUAGUUAGACUAAUAGCAUGGAAAUUGCUACAUGUUAUGUUUCCAACAGUGAGGCUCUAUACUGAGAACGGGAAAAGAUGCACCAAGGUACACAACUAAACCUGUGACCCAUGUUUCUCUCCAGUCUAGACAUCUGACACACUGAUACUAGAUUUUGGACUUUUAACACUAUAAAAGUACAAUCUGUGCUCACACUGUGGCUGCAGAUGGCUGUAAUAUUAUACAAUCUAUUCUGUUCUCACAGGGGGUGUAGGGUAGACCUUUUAUACAUAGUGCCCUAUCUGGUACCACACUGCGAAAGGGGAGUUGACUGUACCAUUGUGGGUCCCAUGUUUCUAUCUAGUGAAGUGGCCCUAUCAGUGAUGGAUGCAUGCUAAAUGGCCAUGUCUGAAGCCUAGGAAAUGGUCUUUAACAGUGUGCCUUAAAACUUCCUGCUUGGCUUUGACCAAAUAUGAAGAAAUCAUUUUGGUGUAAUUUACAUGAAAAUCUUUUAGAAGCAUAUAGUCUACAGGUUAUUAGCUUUCUAUUUUUUUUCCUAAUUUAUGCAUUGAAUUAUUUAUAAAUUAUACUUGUUGUAUAAACAUUUAAUUUGUCAGUACUUUCAUUGUCUCAUUUUAUUUCCAAUGACAUUAAAUCUAAGUUCAUUUUCAAA